AAACAAGACUAUGGCAAUCGACUAUAAUUUCAACUUAAAGGUUGCCCUGAGCAUUAUUGUUGUAUCUAUUCCUUGAUACAUAGCUCUUAUGGCAUGACUAAUCAGAUAUCUAAGUAUCCGAAAUGAUGGAAUUAAUCGGACUACUAGAUACUCCAAGCUAACUAAGUUAAAACUUCUGCUCUGAUAUGCUACUGCGUUGCUGUAUGUCAUCCCUAUUCCAGCUGCUUUUAUUAUAGAAUCUUUUUGGCUCUACGAAAGUCCUUAUUUCUCACUUCUUUAUCUAAUAUAUUCUGUCACAUGGACUUUCUUGGGCUUAUUAAUUCAGAUGGAACACACUAGAAAUCUGAAUAAUGAAUGGUAUUGACACAAAUUAUUCUGGACAAUAAACCCUGUGUUUAUCUUAAUCUUGAGUAUUACCGUUAUUGUCCUUGCUAAAUUCCCUACUGAUAUAUUUGACUACAUCUUCAUGAGCCUAGAGUUUGUUUCUAGUUGUAUUGCUUUCUUAUUCAUGAUCAAGACGAGGAAAAAGCAGAGGAUGAUUCCUCAAAAAAGAGGAUCAAUGAGAGUAGCUGAUACAAACUCUAGUAUCUCUUAUGGAGACCAGCCCAUUAAGAUUUACCUUGACUACAAGAUCAAGAAGGAUGAAGACAUCCACUUCAGGGUGGUAACGAGCAAAGUUGAUAAAAGAGUCAAAAGGAAUUUCAAUGAGUUUUUGGAUGUAGAGAAUUACCUUGUCGAGUAUGUGAGAGAAAAUAAUAGAAAGAAAGUCCAUGAAGUCCCUAUUAUUGAUAAGAAGAUCUCUAAUGUCAGUUCCCUAAGUGAGAUCACUCAAGCUGUUGAGAAUAAGUUGAAAUAACAUCGAAAACUUUUUACAAAAAAUCUGCAGUAACAAACAAUUCUGGUGUAAAGAAAUUCUCAUUUUUCUGGGAAUAGAGAGUGAAGAUGAGCAGCUUGAACUUCUUUUACAGCAUGAGAACUCUCUUCCAAACAGGAAGAUCAAAUACAAGAAACUUAAGAAUGAACUAGCACACUUAGAAACGGUCCCAUUGAAGAGUUUAGUACCAGAUGAUGAAGAAAGUCAUAUGAAGCAUAGUACAAGAAGCACAGGUGCCAAAAUGGGUAAUGAAACUCAUCGGGAUGGUUCCUAUACAGGUAUUCCGAAAGUCACUGUCUGAAGUCUGAGAGGGAAUGAAAUAGGGUACAACAUUGCGGUGGAAUACCUUGAUGGAAAUAACUGGGAAACUAUCAAGUCAUGUUCAGAGAUAUACGACCAUAGAAAUCGAGUCAGCAGAAAACAUCAGGAUUUACCAAUUCCAAUUAUUUCUAAAACAGGAAAUGCUUACAACGGUAUGGAUAGUAACAGGAGCAGAAAUGAGAUUCAGGAGUAUUUGAAUUACUUGCGAGAAACAGAGGAAUUAUAUCCAGAUCUCCUAGGGCUAAUAGAUUUUAGUAAAAACUCAAGAGCAUUGACCAACCCUCGUUCUGGAGGUAUAACAGAGUCUAAAGACUCCUCUAUAAACUCUCCUGCUAAUGACUCAAUUGAGAUAUCUGAUACUUCUAUGAACAAUCAAGAAGAAAAUCAGAGUAAGGUAGUGGGAGAUAGUUUUAUUGAUGAUGAAGGCUUGCUAUUCGCGAACCAUGGCGACUAUGCCGACAAAGAAGAAUCUGAUGACGAAUUUUAA